AUGUCGGAUAGUCAAACAGCGGCGUUCACAGCCCCGCGGAACGCCGUAGUCGGCAGUGAUGCGUGGUCGGUUCAGGCGGCGUUCUCCCCGUCUUCACUGGGGGGAGGGGGUGAAGCGCACACGGGGGCCUUUGAAGAGCGGCCGGCACGCGCUUUCACGGCGGCGCGGCUCCCAACGGUGCGCCACCGCCCCGCAAAUUCCAAAGCCCUUGUCCCGCGAUUAUCAUCGCCGGAAAGGCUCCGCAUGAAAACAUGCCGUUUGCAGCAGGAACUGCAGGCACUCCGCCUGCGCCACGAAAGCCGACACGAACGACUGCAGAGCAUCCGGGCUCGUCGAUCUGUUUCCCAGUCGUCAUUAUUUAGGGGAUCGAGUCAGUGCUCUGGCGACACAAAUUCCACCGCGCAGCCGAGUAUUAUCUUGGCUGACCGCUCAUACUCUCAACGCAGGAGGGAUGGGGGGCCCAGCCUGCCCAACCUGCUCAAAUGCUUCGAGGAGGCUCGGAUGAAGUACUUGCUGGAGGGGGAGCGCAAGAAGAAGGUGAUGCCCCCUAUUUAUUCAUCGCAGAUACCUCGAAAUUCAGAAGCUGCACGCCAACAACAGCAGCAGCAGCAGCAAGAGAUCAUGAAAAAUCCCGAUGCGUUUGGACGUCGAUUCUUUACUCGUUCCUACUCUAACGAGGCUCAGUGGUAG